ACACUGAUCUACACAUCCAAGGACCUCGACCUAAUGUACAUGCAAAUUUAGUUUUCGUUCACAGGUUACUGUAAACCUGAGACAUAUUUUUUUUUAUUCAUAUUUUCAGUGUAGAUUUUAGAGUUAUCUAAACAGUCAACUUUUAUAGAUAUAUCAAUGUUUUUAUGAUUAAUUUCUUGUUGUUCACACGAUUUUUCAUUGGAUAAAUAAUGUCGAUUUCAUUUACUGGUCGUUUAUCAAGAUCGGCUGGGGAGAUUGCCGCAAUUGCAAAGCAAAUAAAGAUCAUGUCAUUGCAGCCAGUUUCGAAAUUGACAGUUCGGUUUGAUCCGUUUGCCGAAAAUGUCAAGAUGACAAGAAAUCUUCUUCAUUAUAUCUCGGCUCCAAGGGUAACUAAAACUAAUCUAUCCUGUAUUUUGACAACUGAUAUUGUAUGUGAUAGAUCUGAGCCUACAAUUACUUGUGAUUUGACAAAUGGAGAAAAAGUACUAUUCAAAUGUGCAAAUUUGAAUGCGGUUGAUAUACUUAAACUAUAUAAUAAGCAUAUAUCAGCGUUGGCUCCCGUGGCUGAAGUUGAAGAAACUGGAAUCAUCAAAAAGCUCAAGAAACAAAAGAUCAAGAUUAGAAUCAGCAGACACAGGAGAUAAACAAAUCUACUUCGUUUUAGAUUUUAUCACGAACCAUACAUAAGCUUAUACUUGUAAUUAAGACCAAAAAAAAAAAAUGGGAGGAAAAACAAAAAACAAAGACUACAAUAUCCAGUUAAUUGACACCCUCUACAAUCAGGUUCCCGCGUUUACCGAAAUUUUUGAUGAAGAAACUUGGUAUAUUUUUGUUACUUGCUUUGUUGCGGGUACGUUUCUCAUAGUUUUUACUUUAUCAAGAUUCAUCACAAUUAAACCUGUUAAUUAAACAGCACUCAUUUUAAACGGAUAAUAGUAUUGAGCAUUGAUAGAAAUGCAUUCAUCCACAUUUUCAAGAAAUAAUGAUCAAUUACUGGUAUAUAAGUUUUCUAAACUAUCUAGUUUCAUUUUUUUUUAUGUAGCUAAUCAAUAAACUUUAGUGUUGCAAAAUA